AUGUUCCGGAGGCCCCGUGACAGGGAGGCUGUUGUGUCCUUGGAGGCAUCUGCCUCCUCCAAGAAGCCAUGGACCCCACCUGAUCGGAGGGGCGAGAAGUGGCGUCGCGUUCCAUCCAAGCCCGUGGGCUUUCUCGACGCUGCCUCCUACGAGCAUCGGCCGCAGGUGGACAUCGCCUUUGGCUUUCCAUCCAUCCAGAGGACCGAGAACACAGAGGAGGAAGCUGUGAGGAAGGAGCAGGUCCGGCCUGAGGAGACCGUCAGCUGUGUGACUGACAACUUUCAAGCGUUCAUAAGUCACGAGGAGAUGGACGGUGAGGAGAGCCUGCAGGAAACGGUUGAGCUCGUCUUCAAGAGGGCUGUGCAGAAACCAGACUCUGCUGCAGUCUUCGCCAAUCUGUGUCAGCGCCUCUCAACAGUGGAAUUCCAAUCCUUGUCCGACUGGUCGGCCAGCGUCUCCUUCAGGUCCCUGCUGGUCAAACACUGCCAGGCAGAGUUUAAGAAGAACUUUGAAAGGGAGGACAUUUCAUGGAAGGGGGGGUCCUGCCUAGAGCCAGUCAGGGACGUGAGGGUUAUUGAUCGACUGAGGGAAGAGAAAAACAACGCCAAACCCUCCUGUCGCUCCAUACAUACCAUCCGGUUUAUUGGGGAGCUGUUCCUCUCCAAGGUUCUGGGUGAGAAAGCCAUGCACUGCUGCAUCAGGAGGCUGCUGCAAAAUGGAGACGGGCCGUCUCUCGAGAGCCUCUGUGAGCUCCUCCAGCUCAUCCAGCAGGACCUGGAGGUGGUCACGUCAAGGGAGGUGAUGGACUCGUACUAUAACCAGCUGAAGUUCGUCGCAGAGAAAGGGAGGAGGGCACCAAGGCUCUCCCUUUUGUUGAAGGACACGGUGAAGGCAAGGAAGUGAGCAGGCUC